ACAUCAUGUUUCCAUGAUUUUUUUUUUAUUAUUAUAGAAAUGUUAGUGUGAAUUGUGAUGCUAGAUUUAAAAAGAAAAAAAAUCCUUUGAAAUUGUUCUUAAUAAAAAAGAAAACCCUCUCAUCAAUCAAGUAGUACGUCAAUCGGACGGCAAAGAGUUGAUCAUCAACUAAGUUAAAAUGACUUCCUCCACACACGGGCCACGGCUCAAAUUGCAAGCCAUUUCUUUUCUCACCUGUCUAGAGAAAACUCCACACCUGUCGACAUCAAUCAAAGCCCCACAUUAUUGAAGCAGAGCAAAACAUCAACGGGUCAAACCAGCCACUCCCUUCGGCAUCCGAACCAAACGGAGCUUCACUGCGCCCGUGCAAUCUAGGGCUUCUCAGAGACCAUCGAUCACGAUGUAUCGAACAGCGGCUUCUCGCCUACGGGCUCUCAAGAAGAGACUAGCGUGCUAGAAUAUCCCCCCUCAAUCCUGGUUCAGAUAAAGCUGCUGUUUAACUUACUAACCAUAUUGAAUGAUAGGUUGCACAUGCCGUAGAGUACCUGCAAGGUUUGCAAGUUCAAAUGCUGUUGCUACAACAUCAUUGUCUUCAGGUGGCUUCUUAAGUUGGCUGACGGGGAGUCAGUCCAAGUCCAUACCAUCACUAGAGUUUCCCCUACCUGGUGUUUCCCUACCACCUUCAUUGCCUGAUUAUGUUGAACCUGGUAAAACUAAGAUUACAACUCUGCCGAAUGGCCUCAAAAUUGCUUCAGAAACCUCAGCAAAUCCUACAGCAUCAAUAGGAUUAUAUGUUGACUGUGGUCCUAUCUAUGAGUCAUCAGCCUCAUUUGGGGUCUCACACCUGCUUGAGCGUAUGGCCUUCAAGAGCACAACAAACCGAAGCCAUUUGCGUAUUGUGAGGGAAGCAGAGGCAAUUGGUGGCAAUGUGAAUGCUGCAGUUACUCGGGAGCAGAUUGGAUAUACCUUUGAUGCUUUGAAGACUUAUGUUCCUCAAAUGCUAGAGCUGCUUAUUGACUGUGUGAGAAACCCUGUUUUCUUGGAUUGGGAGGUCAAUGAACACCUUCAAAAAGUGAAAGAGGAAAUUUCUGAAGCCACAAAGAAUCCUCAGGGCUUGCUUUUUGAGGGCAUUCACUCAGCUGGUUAUUCUGGUGCAUUGGGAAAUCCUCUUUUAGCCCCAGAAUCUGCAGUUAAUAUGUUGAAUGCUACAGUUUUGGAGGAUUUUGUUGCAGAAAAUUUUACUGCUUCUCGGAUGGUACUGGCAGCAUCUGGUGUUGAACAUGAGGAACUGUUAUCUGUUGCAGAACCACUUUUAUUGGACCUUCCCAAUGCUCCUCGUCCUCAGGAGCCAAAAUCUGUGUAUACUGGAGGUGAUUAUCGUUGCCAGGCUGAUUCAGGGGAUGAAACUCAUUUUGCUCUUGCAUUUGAGCUUCCUGGUGGUUGGCAGAAGGAGAAGGAAGCUAUAAUUUUGACUGUUCUUCAGAUUCUGAUGGGAGGAGGUGGAUCAUUUUCGGCUGGUGGCCCUGGAAAAGGAAUGUAUUCAAGACUAUAUCUUCGUGUCUUGAAUGAGUAUCCACAAGUUCAGUCAUUUUCAGCAUUCAACAGCAUUUACAAUCACACUAGCAUAUUUGGAAUACAAGCUACCACUGGUUCUGAUUUUGUACCAACUGCCAUUGAUGUAGCUGUCAAGGAGCUUAUUGCUGUUGCAAGACCUGGACAAGUUGAGCAGAAAGAACUAGACCGUGCUAAACAGUCAACAAAGUCUGCCAUUUUGAUGAAUUUGGAAUCCAGAAUGGUUGUUUCAGAAGAUAUUGGGAAACAAGUUUUGACAUAUGGAGAGAGGAAACCUGUGGAGCAUUUCUUGAAGGUCGUUGAUGAAAUUACACUGAAGGAUAUUUCUUCUGUAGCCCAAAAGCUUCUUUCUUCUCCUCUCACAAUGGCAUCAUAUGGAGACGUCAUUAAUGUCCCUAGCUACGAUUCAGUUAGCCACAAGUUCAAGUGAAAAAUGAAAUUGCUUUGCUAUGUCAAACUUGACAAGCAUUUGACCUAUUUUUGAUGGUGUUAAGCAUCCUAAUACCUUCGAGUUGUGCGGUUGAAAAUAAGGAGUUUAGAUGGUUCCAUUUUUAGCAAUAAAUUGUUUAUCCCAAGCAAGAAACAUAUUAGAGAAAUAGCUUCUGCAGACAAUGGGACUGGCAUAUUUUUUGCUGCAUUCCAUGACUUUGUUCAUGGUUGGGGAAAAGUCCCCAUAUUCUUUUUCAUUGUUCUUAACUUGAAGCAUGCAUUUUGAGUGGAAAAUUUUGGUGUAUAUGUCACAGCAUGUUCCUGUCA